GGGCACCACACAACCUGCAAUGCUCUUCACCUCGGCGGCCAUGAUCUGCACAUGAUGUCGACCUUGAGCGCCUUUUCUUCUCGGCUCCUUGCCAGGACGUGGACAUGCCGAGCAUGCAUACAAUCGCAACGACCGACAACACUCUCGCACCGGGCAAGCUUGUGGCAACCACGGGGCACGCGCGCUGGGCAAAACGCUUUUGCGAGUAGAAUUGGCGCACAGAGGACAUUGGCAAGCAGCGCGAGUGAGACUGCGAGUGCGACAGCCAAGGCUCUGGGCAGGAAUGCAAAGAGCAGCAAGAGACGAAGAAGGCUGCUGAUUGCCGGGGGCGGACUCAUCAUCGGCACAGCAGCAGUUACGGCCAACGACGAGGCCAGGCAUGCCUGGGUGGCGGCGCAGAGGAGCUACCGGGUGGUUUCGACGCUGGUGCUCAACAUCAGAGACUAUCGCCAUGUGCUCAAGCGCGACGACGAGCCCGACUACAACGAGCAGCUCAAGGCCUGCCACCUACGAUGCGCCAAACGCACGCUCCGCACGCUCGAGAAGAACGGGUCCAUUUUCAUCAAGCUGGGGCAGCAUCUGAGCAGUAUGAACUACCUGCUGCCAAACGAGUGGUGCGACACGUUUAUCCCGCUUCAAGACAAGUGCCCCGUGUCCUCUUUCGAAUCCAUCCAAGACAUGUGUCGGCAAGACACGGGCGUGGAGCUGUUUGACUUUUUCUCCGAGUUUGAGGAACAGCCCAUAGGCGCGGCGUCGCUGGCACAGGUGCAUCGGGCAACCGUCCGCGAGACGGGGCAGAAGGUUGCCGUCAAGGUGCAGCACCCCGCUUUGGACGAAUGGGCGAGGCUUGAUCUGGCCCUGACGAGCUUCUCCUUCAGUACGCUCAAGCGCUGGUUUCCCGAGUACGACCUGACAUGGCUGUCGGACGAAAUGGAGCACUCGCUCCCGCAAGAGCUUGAUUUCCGGCUCGAGGGCAAGAAUGCAAUGCGAGCACGCGAGUACUUUUCGCACGUGCGCGACGUACCCGUCAUUAUACCCGAGGUUCUCUGGGCCAAGCGGCGGAUGCUUGUCAUGGAGUAUGUAUCUGGAUUCCGCACAGACGACCUCAAGAGCCUGGAUCAGCAUGGCAUCGAUAGAGACGAGGUUUCUGCGGCCCUGGCACGCAUCUUCAACGAGAUGAUUUUUGGUAAGAAUGCGCCGCUGCACUGUGAUCCGCACGGCGGAAACAUAGCUAUUCGGUACAACGGCAAGCGCGGCAAGAACAACUUUGAUGUCGUUCUCUACGACCAUGGCCUUUACAGGGAUAUCCCAAUGCCUCUGCGACGCAGCUACGCUAAGCUCUGGCUCGCGGUUCUCGACGCAGAUGAAGCAGGCAUGAGAAAGUACGCAUAUGAAGUAGCAGGCAUCAAGGAGGAGCAUUUCCCGCUGUUUGCGUCCGCCAUCACGGGCAGGGAUUACACUGUUUUGGCAAAGAAGGAAAACGGCGGGGGAGGCGUCAUGACGUCGAGGACGAGUGAAGAGAAGAAGGUGAUUGGAGAUGCGCUUGGCGAAGGGCUGAUUGAAAAUCUGAUUGAGCUCUUGGGCCAGGUGCCCCGAGUCAUCUUGCUGAUUCUCAAGACCAACGACCUGACACGUUCACUCGACGAGGGCCUCCACACGCGCCAGGGACCCGUCCGCACGUUUCUCAUUCUCGCGCGGUACGCGUCUCGCACCGUGUACGAAGAGUGCCUGGAAAACCUGUCUGGAUCUUUGCUGUGGCCACGCAACUUUGUGUUGUGGUUUGCGGCGUGGACGAGGUUCAUGAGGGUGGAGAUGCAGCUGAGCGGGUACGAAACCUAUCUCAAGCUGAGGGCACUGUUGGGCAUGAGCCAGAUGGAGAUUGGAGACAGUUUUAGGGAGUAGGGAAUUAGGUGGACAAGACGAGACGAGAUGAGUGCAUGAGGGGGGGUGUAUGUGUAUAUGUGUAUAUGUAUGCGGAUGUGUAUGUGUAUGUGUAUGCGGCUGUAGACAUAGACGGCGGGGACUGGGACUGGGACUGGGACUGGGGCUGUGGCGAUCAAAACAAGACGGGCAUAGGGAGUAACGGGUGAAUGUUGAUAUGUGUAUGUCAGUGGACGACUAGGUGUAGGUAGUGGCGAUGAUGGUGGUGGUGGUGAUUGCCGGCACGUGGUCGCGUGGCCAGGCUAACCGGUUUGGGGGCAGGUGGGCAGGUGGGCAGAGCGGAAGGCGCGGAACCACUUGCUGCAGCGGGCUAACCAGAGCGGAUGUGUGGCGGUGCCGGUUACCCAGAGCGGCUUGCAUGUGUGUGCUACGUGUGGCUCGU